UCGCUUACACACAGAGCAAUAUUACGAGUUGUUUUCUCCAGUCUCUAUACGUCUCCAGACAUCUAAAGUAAAACGCUGUAACAGAAGAAACGUGAUGAAAUGCACGUACGCGAGUUCAUUUAUGUGACGGACCGCUUGGUGCGUAGCUUAUUUAGUUCCGGGUGUGUGUGUGUGCGAGUGUGUGUGUGCAGCUCCGUUAAGCUAGCCGCCGUUAGCUAGCCUACAGCCGUAGGUGUGUCACUCUACAGCAGCGUUAGAUACCACCCAGCGCUUAGGUACAAAGUAGCCAUUUAUGCAUCGUACCUGAGAAGAAGCUUGGUGACGAGGGUGAGAAUGGCGGCAGCGUUACUGUCAGAGACGGAGAUCCAACACCGCUCUAUGGCGGAAGAGGACCCGAACGGGAACGAGCACGGCGCGGCCGCCCGCAGUAGCGCACCCCGCUGGGGACCGCAGCACGCCGGGGCCCGCCAGCUCGCCCAGCUCUACUCCCCCGGAAAACGGCUACAGGAGUGGAUCUGUGUAAUCUUGUGCCUCUCGCUCUUCACCAUCAACUUCUGCUUCCUCCUCCUCAACUUCUCCACUGUGCCCAUUUACAGAAUCAUCUUCGGCAUUGUGACAGGCAUCGUGACAGCAGACUUUGCCUCUGGAGUGGUACAUUGGGGAGCUGACACCUGGGGCUCUGUGGACAUCCCCAUCAUAGGGAAGGCGUUUAUCCGUCCAUUUCGGGAGCACCACAUCGACCCUACGGCCAUCACGCGGCACGACUUCAUCGAGACUAAUGGAGAUAACUGCAUGAUCACCAUCCUGCCUCUCGCCCACAUGGCCUACAAGUUCCUGUCCUACACGCCAGACACCCUUGCCGAGUCCUACCCCUGGGACUGUUUUGUGUUUGCUCUUGCCGUCUUUGUGACGAUGACCAAUCAGAUCCACAAGUGGUCGCACUCCUACUUUGGCCUGCCAAGAUGGGUCACUCUGCUGCAGGACUGCCACCUAGUGCUGCCCCGCAAGCACCACCGUAUCCACCAUGUGUCCCCUCAUGAGACCUACUACUGCAUUACUACAGGCUGGCUGAACUACCCUCUGGACCGGAUAGGUUUCUGGAGGAGGAUGGAGUGGUUGGUGGAGAAGUUGACCGGACAGAGGCCACGCUGUGAUGACAUGGCCUGGGCCAAAAAGACAGAGUGAGACGAUGACAGGACUGCAGCUCCGUCCUGUUCCACCGUCCACCGUCUCUCACUCCUCUCCUCCUCUGAGCUGAGGGGGAGCCCCUUGGAGGGAGAAAAACAGAAUAUGGGCCUUACCUCUGACCCCCUAAUCCACCCUUAACCACCCUCUCAUUUCUCUCCAUCACUAUAGCACACAAAGUUUCCGCUCCUGAGGCCUUCACCUGUCUCUGAGGUCUGCAACACACAAACCCUGUCUCUGACUCUUCCACGUCUCCUCCCUCUACUGGUUUUCAUUCACACUCCGUCACACUCCCUCACACUCACACAGCAGAAAGAGAAAGCUGAAUUUAAGGCAUGUGUCUUGCAGCACAGCACUAAAACAUUAGAGAUAGAGAGUAAUAGCUGAUUAGUAAUAGUGAAUACUUUUGUACUAAUUCUUCCGCUGUCUGCUCGUCAUAGUGGCUUUCUCGUAUCAGAAACGUUCAUCCUCUGGAGGUUGGGCUCUCCAGGGGCCAGGAAAUAGAUCUAUUUUUAUCGUUUUUGCUUGCCAUCGGUUUUGGGGUCAGGUUUUUUUGGUUUUUUUUGUCUCGUCUCAGCACUCUGUUCGUCCAGACACACAGCUUAACCAGCGUUCUGCUUUUCUUUAGAUGUGAUAUGUCCUCCGUAUUUUUGUCUGAAAACGAUUGUCUGUGUAUUGAAACAGAAGAAAAAGCGAGUUAUGUCGGUCGGUCAUGUGAUCUGUGCUUUGGUGAAUGUUUUCCAUUUCUACACGUACCACAGAGCAGAUUUCAGGUUGCACAACACGAGCACUUAAGACCUCGGAAACGAGGUUCGCCUGAUUAGUUUUUGGACUCUGGCAGUCCAGCGUAUGUAUAUUUAAAAUAAAAAUAAUAAUAAAAAAAAACACUUGCAAGCUUGCACUUGGUUUCAGUCAGUGAAUUCACAGCGGCGCUGCUGAGACAGAAGCAGAACAGCGGCAGAGCCGUUCCCGUUACCCCUGAUUCUGCUCACACGAUCCGAACUGGUUCUUGACUCCAUGAAGCAGAACAAGUGCAAGCUUCAUGUUGGUUAGUACCAGGCUAAUGCUAACUAAUCCCACACUCCCAGCGUAUCCACCUAAUCUCUAUCCACCGCAAAUGUAGCAUUCUGCAGCGGAAAGGAACUUCAACACGUUUCUCUGUACACGGAGAUGAUGUCCAACUCCUUAACACGCUUUAUUCUUGUGAAGAAAUGUGUAAAAUAUAUGCGACUGCUUUAAAGUCAAACUGUUACGUUUUAACCAUAAAGUUCUGUAAAUUGCUCUUAAUCAAGAAACAAUAUAUUAAAGUCCUUUCUUUUCUUUUUUUUUGCGCUUUUUCCAAAGAUUUUUUUUUUUCUUUCCACGUGUUACAGAUGUAGAUUAGACUACUGGAGUAUUAUUAUUUUUUAACUCUUGUGGCUUAGACAAAAAGAAAAAGGUCAGUAAAAUAUAUUAGCAUGCUUUAUUUUGGGAAACGAUCAUGGUGUUGAGUAAAAUGAAUCCGAGAUCAAAAAAAAGAUAUUAGCCAGAUAUUUUCCUUCCUUCCUUCACCCUUAUCCAGACACUGUCUUGAUGUUUUGUCUGACUGUGAAGUGCAGGUAGAUGGUGAGAGUAAGAAAACAGCCAUAGUACAUCUGCUCCACUCGUCUGUUCUCUCCUCUUUCACGACUCCAGCCGCACUAGACGUGUUCGUUCCUUCUCUCUACGGCUUUAAAACGUCUCUAUUUUGUACUAAGCAAAUCAGCCUUGUAUUUAUUCGUACUGUCCAUCUUGCAGCUCACGCUUGCUGCUAGUCUGCCUUAAAUCAACGUUUUUAUUAGCUGUUUUGAUUUAAUAAAGAUCUAGAAAGUUGCAUUUUA